AUCUGUUGACGCGCGUGUGCUAAAUUUGAAACAUAAAAAUAUGGAUCUUUGAAAAUUCUAGUUGAUUUGUUGAAUAUAAACACAAAACAUUACAAAUACAAUUAGAUAUAGAAAUGUGAAAUUAUUUGUGAGUUAACGAACUUCGUCCGCAGGUCACCGGCGAAGUAAAUCGGCUAUCAUAUCUCCACAAUGGAACAGGAAGAUGAAUUCGAGCCUACGUUUAAGACAUCUCCGGAUGAAUUACCCAAAAUACACAAAAAAUGCAACCACAACCGUCCACACACCAGUCCACAUGUAUCAUCAGAAACAACAAUUCCGUCUACAUCGGGCCUUCAAACGAAGCAAGACAGAGACAGCAUGAGAAAAAAUGACGACGAAACAAAUGAUGCGAAAGAGAAAGAAAACCAGGGCUCGCUAUCUGAUUGGGUGUCGGGGGGACCGAUCGGAUCCAAGGGCGCCGUACUUAUAUUCAGAUCCUGCGUUCUCGCAUCGAGAACACCCUCAAUGGAGUCAACGACGAAAACAGUCGGAAACAAUACAGGGACCACCAUAUUGUUAAACAAGGCAAAGAACAUGGCGAAGAGAUUGGUAGCCGAGCCGCACUCUUUCAGUGUGAGACCAAAAAAUAUUAUGCAUGACGUAAUGGAGACGUUUGGGAAUAGCAAUAAGUAUACAGGGCAAGCUUAUGUUGUUAGGCACGUUAGUGAAGCCGAGAUGCCUGAAGCGGAGUCGGUGGAGGAGCAGGGACACGAGCCUGCGGAACACAAGAGAGAUAUCGAUGACGUCCUGAACGAUCUGAGUAAGAUAACGCUUAAGAAGAAUCUCAAUAUAGAAAACACCACCGCCAAUAUUAAGCCUCCAGAGGAACCACCGCCAAUUAAAGACACUAAAGAAGAAAAAAAAGGAAAAAAGAGUAAAGGCAAGUAUAAACGGAAGAACACACACAUGCAAAGGACUUUGUCUCCGACUUACGAGAGCGACGACUCUGAACAAAUGCUAGUUAAAGAUGUAGAUAGCGUUAAGGUAUUAGAUAGUUGUCACAUGCCAGCUCGCGUGCUGAAGAUAACGUAUAAGUUGGUCAAUACCGAGACUAAGCUUUUGCACCGACUCCUCCAAGCUCAUGGUCUCACAGAAACCUCGCAAGAUUCGAAGGAUUUCAACUUGAUGUGGGCAGGAUUACAUCCCAAGCCCGAUGUACUGCGAUCACUCACGCCUUAUCAACGGGUUAACCAUUUCCCUAGGUCCUACGAACUGACGCGCAAAGAUAAACUGUUCAAGAAUAUUGAAAAAAUGCAGUACUUUCGUGGCUUGAAACACUUCGACUUUAUACCUACUACUUUCUUGAUGCCAAUUGAAUAUAAAGAGCUCUGUACGACGCAUUAUAGGACGAAGGGUCCUUGGAUAGUCAAGCCGGCAGCUUCCAGCCGAGGUCGGGGUAUAUACAUAGUGAAUACGCCAGAACAAAUACCUAAAGGAGAGAACGUUGUCGUAGCGAAGUACAUCGACAAACCUCUGCUAAUCGGCGGUCACAAGUGCGACCUCCGCUUGUACGUCUGCGUUACUUCGAUCGACCCUCUUCUGAUAUACCUAUACGAGGAAGGCCUCGUCAGAUUCGCAACUGUCAAGUAUGAUAAGACGAAUAAGAACCUCUGGAACCCCUGCAUGCAUCUCUGCAAUUACAGCAUCAAUAAGUAUCACACGGACUAUAUCAAGUGCGACGACCCAAAUGCAGGCAACAUAGGUCACAAGUGGACACUCUCAGCUCUACUUCGUCACUUACGCAAACAGGGACGGAACACGGCGGCUUUAAUGGCUGCCAUUGAGGAUCUAGUGGUGAAGUCCAUCCUUUCCUCAGCGCAGACUAUCACCGCCGCGGCUAGGGUCUUCGUGCCCAACCAUUUUAACUGUUUCGAACUGUUCGGGUACGAUAUUCUAAUAGAUGACAUGCUGAAACCUUGGUUACUGGAAAUCAAUUUAUCGCCAAGCUUAGCCUGUGAGAGUCCAUUGGACGCAAGGGUCAAAUCUGCGCUAUUAGCUGAUACGCUGACCCUAGUGGGGCUACCCGCUGUACCCAUGGCGAAGAAUGAGGCCUCGCCCCAGAACAACUCGCUAAGAAUGAGGAUAGGGGCUUGUCGUCGAGUGCACUCAGCGGAAAACACGUGCGUGCGCGGGAAAAUCCCCACAAACGGGGGUACACAAGCUCUAGCGGGGGGAGUGGGGGGAGUGGGGGGAGCGGCCCUCACGGGGGAGGAGCUCCGGCUGGUGCGCGCUGUGAGGGCUCAGUACGCGCGUCGGGGUGGUUUCGUACGGAUCUUCCCUAGUCAAAACUCUUGGCAGAAAUAUGCUCAGUAUCUCGACCCAGUGUCGGGCGUGCCGCUGUGCUCCACGUCCCUCAACAACAGCGCGCCCUACGGCGUGCAGCAGCACAACUACAACCUGCUGGUGCACACGCACGUGCUGCCGCACUUCCGCCACGCCGCCGCCGCCGCGCCCGAAACGCCGCAGAGGUUGCAACGCUACGAGGCGGCGGAGUGGGCGGGGGCGGCGCCCGCCGUCCAGCUGGACUCCGCCCCCGCGCCCCCCGCACACGACUCGCGGAGGGCUAAAGCACUACUCAAGCAGCAGCUGGCAGAGGGCAUGCGACUCACCACGGGCUCGGCGCGGCGCGCGUUCGGGCUGUACCUGUCGCACGUGCUGAAGCGCCUGUCGGCGCCGGCCGGCGAGCGCGGCGCGCAGCACGCCGCGCUGCUGGCGCGCUUCCUGCGCCGCGCCGCCGCCUCGCUGCGCACGCCCUACGCGCUCAAGAGCCCACCAGCUAAAAUGUGCGACAAGGACCGUUGCGCGGUAAUAGCAAAGCAGUUGAACGAUUUUCUCUACAUGUACUAUCGGGAAACAGACCUGUACACCGACAGUGAAGACCGCGAAGGAUGCGUCUCCAACAUACAUUUCGCACAGUUCCUAUACUCUGCCAGUGAGGCAGAUUUAGAAGAGGUGUUGCUGCUACUGCUACACAACGAGAACUACGUCGCUACGUUCCUCGGGGACGGCCGCAGCAGCGCCUUCUGUGUCGACGUGCCUCCAGAGCGGCGAGCCGCCGCGCCCCCGCGACACACGCUACUGCGGCACCUGGCCGCCCUGGCGCACCUCAACUGCAGGAGAUACCGACCAGAAAUGGAGACAUCGAGUCGAUCGGAGCCAGAAGAACCCGCGUCCACCGACAGUGUCCCACCGCCCUUCAUCAGCUCGGACGUGGUGAUCAAGGACUCCCUAAAGGAAGAGAAACCUCUCAACGUCGCCCUAAAGUACGCCAGAUCAUAGCGAUGUAAUGCCCUAGUUCAUACAAUAGCCAGGUAAUUACUUCCAGACCAAUAAAACUUAUGGGUAAAAUAUUACUCUACAGGAACUACUCUGCCGUUUAAUCAUUUUUUUUUUUUUGUAGAAAUUAUUUCAAUAAUAAUUUGAAACAUUUGAAGAUAUAAAUCGCUAGUUUACAACGAAAUAUGCAGUUUAUUUUAAUGCAAAAAAUUUCUAUAGCAUUGUCACAUACGUCCAUAGAUGCACACGGUAAUAAUUUAAAUACUUAACAAACGUAACUUGAAUACGAUAAAAAUAAAGCAAUAAUUAUAGAUAUAGAAAAGAAUUUCUAAAGUUACCACUAUAUUAUAGUAAAUCAAGAGUGAAUAGGCAUCUUCUAGGCAAGCGCGCACCACCUUAGGCUGCAUCUUCACUUGC